AUGAGCGAUCCACAGAUUCUCCAGUAUAGCUCAGUGGAGUUAGACAAUGCAUCCACCGAGAUCCGGCUCCUGGACCUUCAUCCGCCCCAGAUAGGUGAGGUCGACGACCGGGUCGCCUCAAAUUGGAACAAGCCACUUAUUUGCCGCCUCUAUAAGACCUGUAUUACGGAUCCUUGCCCUUACAAAGCUCUUUCCUACGUAUGGGGCGAAGGCAGGAAAACUGAAUCAAUAUGGGUUGUCAGCUCACCAGGGAAAAGCGGGGAAGCCAGCAUUCCGAUCACAGAGUCACUUGACACUGCACUUAGACACCUUCGCAAACCUGACGAGACCGUCACAUUAUGGAUUGACCAGAUCUGCAUUAAUCAGGCAGAUAACAAGGAGAAGGGCGAGCAGGUCGCCAUGAUGGGUAGGAUCUAUUCAGAAGCCACACAAGUCAUAGUAUGGCUGGGCCCAGCAGCUGAUGGCUCAGAUGGCUUAAUGAAUGCUUGGCAAGACGUUGGUCAGAAAGCACGGGACUUCGGCCUUGAUAGUUAUAUGACACCGCAAGGAUUCCAUGCCAUGUCAGCAAUCAUGAGAAACGAAGACCCGACCGAUGAAACGACAAGGCGGUUCCAAGUCUUGCUCCAACAUACCGUGGGUAUACUUGCUCCUCUACUGAGAGACAUCGCUUUGAAAGCUUGGUUCGAAAGACCGUACUUCUCACGCGUCUGGAUCAUACAAGAGUUCUGCUUAUGCCCAGACACCGUGUUCGUGUGCGGCACGAGAACAGUUGCAGUCGAACUUAUCAAAUUGGCAGUGACAAUCCUCCAAAUGGUUGUCAGUAACAUGCUUGAUGGACAAUUCCCGAAACUUCAAGAGCCUGAACUCCUGUCUGAACGAUUGGCAGAUAUUUCUGAGGAGCCUAUAACGCGGCUGUUUUCUUGUCGUACACGUCAACAAAACGGUCGCGGAGAUGAGUUGCAUAUGCUACUACGCAGGAUGUUUGUAGGUCACGAUACACGCGCUACUCAACAUCGUGAUCGCGUUUUUGCACUUCUUGGUCUUGCUGUUGACGUGGAGGAACUCGGUAUUCAAGUUGACUAUGAGUCUCCUACCGAGCGCGUUCUAGCGCAAACGGCCAGGGGACUUAUUGAGAAGGCUGGAAGGGUCGAUAUACUCUGCUGUUCCCAAUUCCCAAAGCUACCGGAUUUUGUUGGUUUGCCCUCGUGGGUUCCUGACUGGCGAUCGAACUUGCGACCCUCUUUUUACAACAUCAAUGAGCGAAUGAAUAAGCACAUAUUUUUCGCAUCAGGCAACAAUAGCAUCGUUGAAAUCGUCAAACCCACCACAGAGAGUCCAUUUCUUCUUGGCCUUCGCGGUUACACGGUUGAUGUGAUUGACAAAGUAGCCGAAGGCGAAGGUUGGAUAGACCUUUCUUGGGAUCCGGCUCGGCUUCUAAGCUUCUUGGCCCAAGUAGACGCGUUGUGGCAGGAAAGCAUGGAAAAGCCAAUCGUAAUUGACGGCCCAACAGAAUCGCGUAAGGUGGAAGCUAGAUGGCGUGUCCCGAUUGGCGACUUGUAUAAAACAGAGGACGGGGAUGAACACAGAGCGACUCCAGAUAUAGCCAGAUCUUACCGCCGAUGUGUGCAAGAACUAAAAAUGUUCUACCAAAUGACUCUGGGGGAAGAUGAAUUGCAAGACAUUGAAAAUUGGGAAACGCCUCGGGAUGAAGAUAAAAAGAUAAACUAUGACUGGGAUAUGAGGAAAAUGGAGGGUAAAAGACCGUUCCUAACACAAAUGGGUUAUAUAGGAAUGGGGCCUAUUCAAGGAAAGCCUGGUGAUUUAGUGGUUGCCUUUUGCGGUGGACACAUUCCCUUUGUACUACGGCCCGAGCCAGAUGGGCAAGACAUGUUUUCUUUUGUGGGCGAGGCUUACUGUGACGGGAUCAUGGACGGGGAAGUUACCACGAAGGAGAAACAGACAUUCUGGUUGGUCUAA